GAAUAGGAGUACUGUAUGUAUUUAUUUUUAGUAAUACACAAAGAUUUUAAUUUUUUUAUUAAUAGGUUGAAAACAAACAUUGAACAGAUUUGUUGAAAGUAAAGUAAAAUUAAAAAUAAAUUCCUAAUCUUAUCCUUAUAAACUAACUGACAUAAUACAUGACACGUUGUUGACAGACAUUUCGUCAACUUAUGUUAUUAAGUUAGUUUUUAAAUAAAUUGAGUUAUCUAAAUAAAUAUAAGUAAUUGAGUUUUGAAGAAAAGUAUCAUAUAGUAACGUUGAUAGAAUAAUAAAAUAUGGAACCAACCGAUUAUUGUUUCAAGCCUUACAACUGGCUUAGAGAAGCUGCGGUUUUCAACAAAAACGAGGCACAGAUACCAUAUGAAUGGCUUGAGGCAAAUGCAGAUAUCAUUGCCCUACUUUUCACAGCCAGCGGGGUCGACAAAGAUGGAAUCAUAGAAAAAUUCUUUGAAAUUUAUGAAAACGCCAAAUUUGUCAACGUUCCAAUCGAAGUAAUUAAUGUACCAUUGGACGACAAUGCAGAGGAGAUGCUAAAGGCUUACGAAAACCAACCGAAUUGGUUCACUCUUAAAUUUGCAUGUCCUUUAAUAUCCACACUUAAAUACAUGUACGGUAUAACAUGCAUACCCCAUCUACUAGUGAUGAGAGACGAUGGAACAGUAGUUUCCAGCCAUGCUAUAUCAGAUUUAGAGGAGUAUGGUAAGAAUGCUAUUAUAACGUGGCUAUCAAAAACAGCAUCAACUAAAAAACAUAGGAAGUUCAGUAAGGAAUUGCCAAUGUAUGGAGAAAAAUGGCAUUAUUUAAAUGCAGACCCAAAUAAAAGCGCUAAAGCAGUUUAUCUAAGAAGAUUCUCUAACUAUGCAAGGGAUGACGAUAUUACGGUAACAGCACCGUCUAAUAUAUCUAGUUCAGUCAACUAGACAUCUAUUUUAUUAAAUUUAGAGAUAGAGAUGUUUGGAUAUAGAAAGAAACAGUCAUUACUUUGGAUUUGUUCUCGUUCGGAUUUUUCUAUUUUUUGUCAAAUAAAGCGGAAUCUCUAAAACAUGUAAGUCUUAUUACCA